GCUCUACUGUGCAGUCUGUUCUCAUUCUGCGCUGCUUUGCUUGCCAUUAAUCCAUCCUCCAGAACCGCUACGGCAUUGCGGACGCUUUUUCUGUACAGAUAUCUCAUUUUCCUUGUAAUAAUCAAGCUUAUGGAGGUUCUCUUUGACGUCGGUAUGAAGGUAUGAGAGCUGGAGGAGAACAGGGGAAGUAUACGUGUGAGUCUUGAACACUUUCAACUCUUUGGCUCUGUUUUUGAAGGUGAUGUGAUGGUCGCAAUUUGACGUUGGAGGACAAGAUUGAAGCUCGAGAUAAGAACCGGGCUGAUGAGGAUGGUGAAGCACGCAUCGCAUUGAUCCAGUGACCUUGCCGUAAACCAUGGCAGUAUUCGUUACUUUGAAGAUAUGGUUCGCUUAUUUUCUUUUAGUUGUUGUGACUUUCUCCGACUGCCAUGUACCCCAGUACGAAACAGUUCUGAACAAGAUACAGUCAGAGAAGGCACCAGCUUCAACUCAAGAGCGCGCUUCGUACGAUGUACUUGCGCGGUUGCUCCCAAGCCAUCUAUCAAGCUUUGAGUUCCGUAUCAUCACAAAGGAGGAAUGUGGAGGUAAAUUCUGUUUUCUCCUUCAAAACCAUCCAUCUGCAGGAGUAUAUGGAGGAGCGCCUGAAAUAAGGAUUUCGGGGACAACAGGCGUUGAGCUAUGUGCUGGCUUGCAUUGGUACUUGAAACAUUGGUGUAAUGGGCAUAUUUCUUGGGACAAGACCGGAGGAGCUCAGCUUCAUACUGUGCAUAGACCUGGGUUUCUGCCACGACUGCAAGGCGAUACCCUUACAAUUCAACGACCUGUUGAUUGGAACUACUACCAAAACGUCGUCACAUCAAGCUAUUCAUAUGUGUGGUGGACCUGGGAGCGAUGGGAAAAAGAAAUAGAUUGGAUGGCAUUGCAAGGUAUCAAUUUGCCUCUUGCAUUCACAGGGCAAGAGGCUGUUUGGCAGAAGGUCUUCCAGAGUGAAACGUUCAACUUAACCAAGGCUGAAUUGGAUGAUUAUUUUGGUGGACCAGGCUUUCUUGCCUGGGCUCGAAUGGGCAACUUGAAGAGGUGGGGAGGUCCGUUACCACAGAAAUGGCUUGAUCAACAACUGCAGCUACAAAUCAAAAUUUUAGCACGCAUGCGGGAGCUUGGGAUGACACCUGUUCUACCAGCAUUUGCGGGUAAUGUUCCCGCUGCCAUUACUAAGAAAUAUCCUUCCGCAAGAGUGACUCGCUUGGGAGAAUGGAACACAGUCAAUGGUGACACGCGAUAUUGCUGUACUUUCCUCUUGGACCCCAAAGAUCCGUUAUUUGUGGACAUUGGAAAGGCUUUUAUUCUCCAACAGAUCAAAGAGUAUGGUGGAACUCAACACAUCUACAACUGUGAUACCUUCAAUGAGAAUCAGCCACCAACAGAUGAUCCAUCAUAUAUUUCAGCUCUAGGUUCAAUUGUUUAUGAAGCCAUGAGCGCUGCUGAUCAAGAUGCAAUCUGGCUUAUGCAGGGUUGGUUGUUCGCUUCAGACGACAAGUUUUGGAAGCCUCCACAGAUGAAGGCUCUUCUACACUCAGUCCCGGUUGGGAGAAUGGUAGUUCUGGAUCUUUUCGCAGACGUGAAACCUAUGUGGUCGCGGUCAGAUCACUUUUAUGGCGUUCCGUAUAUAUGGUGCAUGCUGCAUAAUUUUGGCGGUAACGUGGAGAUGUAUGGACGUCUUGAUGUGGUGGCUACUGCACCAAUUCAAGCAGUAACCAGCUCCAAUUCUACCAUGGUAGGUGUUGGCAUGUGUAUGGAAGGCAUUGAGCAGAACCCAGUUGUGUAUGACUUGAUGGCUGAAAUGGCAUUUCACAAUGCAACCGUCGUUGUCGAGGAUUGGAUUGAGGAGUAUGCAAGGAGACGAUAUGGAGAAUUAACAGCUGGUGCUCGAAUAGCAUGGAAGAUGCUACACGAAUCUAUAUACAACUGCUCAGAUGGAAUUGCGGAUCAUAAUGGAGAUGUUAUAGUUGAGUUUCCCGAUAUCGAUCCGAAGCGGUCCCUCUUUCAAAUCCGACCUCGUCAGUCAUUAGGUCAACAAAUUCUGGGUCAUCCUCAACAUAUUUGGUACUCUCCACAAGAUGCUGCUGUGGCUCUACAGUAUCUUCUCUCCUCAGCUGAUGCGUUGGGUUUAAGCAAACCCUACAGGUACGAUGUUGUGGAUCUGACACGGCAAGUGCUUUCAAAACUAGCGAACCAACUUCAUUCACAAGUUCUAGAUCAAUUCAGAAUGUUCAACGUUGAGAAAAUGGACAAUAUAAGCAGUCGCCUUUUGGAGCUUCUCUCUGAUAUGGAUGAUUUACUGGGUGCUAGCGAGGAGUUUUUACUUGGAACUUGGCUAGAAAGUGCAAAGGAUCUUGCUACUUCUGACGAAGAAAGGAAGCUCUAUGAGUGGAAUGCCAGAACGCAGAUCACAAUGUGGUUCGAUAACACUCUUGACAAACCAAGCCCUCUUCAUGAUUACGCAAACAAAAUGUGGAGUGGCUUGACUCGUGACUACUACCUUCCAAGAGCUUCAAUCUACAUCAAGUACUUGAAGCAAUCUCUUCAUGAAAACACGUCUUUCGCUUUUCAAGAAUGGAGACGAGAGUGGAUUGCUUUGACGAAUGAGUGGCAAGUUGCAUCAAACUUGUAUCCUACUGUAGCUAAGGGUGACGCAUUGGAGAUUGCCACAACAUUAUAUGAGAAAUAUGCGGACCUUAUUGUAGAUGAUCAAACACCAGAACUUGGAAUCAGAUAGAUGUUUUGGGCCUGUGGAUAGUUCUGGACCAUCAUGAUGGAUAGAUUGGCCAUGUUUAAUCCUGUUCAAUGUUGUAACUUUUCUGGUUUCGUGUAGUUGCAAUCUAAUCUACCAAAUUUAGCAGCAAUGUGAUUCGGCACUUGGGUUUUUCAAUCAACAACUAAGAACCAUUUACAAUCAAGAAUUUACAACCAA